AUGCACAAACGAGCUGAAAAAGAAAGGGAGUGGGAAUCAGAUGAUGAUCAAGUUGUCAUGGUAAUGGGUAUGCUCGAUCAAUCAAGCCAACACCACCGUGGUUCACAACCUGGUCGUGGCCGAAACGUGGAUAGAUGUAGGCAGUCUAGGGAAGCCAUUGCAUCUUUCAAUACAUGGGUUUGGCAUACCUUUUUCGGAGUUGGAGGAUCUCAAAAUAACCUUAACAUGCUCGGUCAAUCCCCGAUGUUCAACGAUGCAUUCAGAGGUCAAGCCCCUCAUAUCACGUGUGAAAUCAAUAAUACCAUCUCUUAUAUGUUCAAAUCUGAUCCCAUAAACACGACAUUGACAAGAAUUUAUGAACGACCUGAAGGAGGAAAUGGACAACCACUGGAGCACCAACCAUUAAUUAAGGACUAUCGUUACAACAUCCGUAUGAUUGACCGUUGUACAUAA